AUGGGAUUGGAAGAAAAGACUCUGAGAAGGAAAAUCGAUCUGUUGGUAUUAGAAUUGGGAAAGCAUUUAAGUGACGAUUUAGAAUCCCAAGGAGUCCCAAUUGUGUCCCAACUUAUAAAAGUGAAAUUAAGAUUGUGUUAUCAAAACACCGACACGGUACUGAUGCUCGAUUAUUGCGCCCAUCAAGCAGCAGCCAUCAGAGGUCUCACACUUCACGACUUAGAUCAAACAGAAGUUGUUGACCCCGAUCCAAAUCAUAAAUUCGUUUCGGAGUUUCUUCCUCCAGUUCCUUCAAAUCGAAUUGGGCGCUCCCUUUCUUCUCUCCGGGAGGAAUUUCUUACGACUCACCACCAGCAGUUCGGGUUUUGUUUGCCUGAAGAUCAUCUGAUCAACAUUUCCUCAGUCGAAAUUGAAGCAACCUCACAGGGGGAUAAAGCAUUAACCGAUUGGAAGAUUGAAAUAAUCAAAGAUUCCAAAGACUCAAAUGGAGAGGCAAACGGAAAGAACAAUGGAAGUUGCCAUGAAGAAUCCAAUAACGGCACCACUAUUAAAGGAAAACGCUGUAAGACAUUUUUGCAUGGAAAUUGGGUUGAAGCCACGCUGGUUGAUCUCACGGAGACCGUCACACCAAACGAGUUCGAUGGACCUGCAAUUUUGGUUGACCAAAUUGGGACAAACGUCGUUCUUCCCGGAUGGAAGGCGUCGCUAGAUGCGAAUCGCUGUUUGUUUCUGACGGCGUCUGAACAUGAAUGCAACAAGGAACGCUCGAAACCGUCCAAUCUUACCGUCGCCGACCCAUUUUGGCUGGAAUUAUUUAAUCACUACUUCCAAACAAUCUCUCAAGAAAUGGGUGCCAUUUUGCAGCGAACUUGUCAAUCGAUCAACAUCAAAGAACGCCUGGAUUUCUCGUGUGCUGUGUUUGAUUCUCAUGGGCGUUUAAUUGCUAAUGCUCCCCAUAUUCCAGUUCAUCUAGGGUCCAUGGGAAAAUCCGUAGAAUCACUCAUCCGAUCUAAGAACAACCACUUCAUUUCUGGUCAAGUUUUUAUUUCAAAUAAUCCCUUCAAUGGAGGAACGCAUUUGCCUGAUAUCACCGCGAUCACGCCUGUCUUUUUGACGGACGAGCAGCAGCAUGGGAAUUCCCUAAUUGCGUUCGUAGCAUCUCGCGGCCACCACGCAGAUAUUGGAGGGAAAACUCCAGGAUCGAUGCCAGCGAUGAGUUGUACACUCGAAGAGGAAGGUGUCGUUUUCGACAACAUGCUUAUUGUAGAUCCAGACAGUGGAGGGUUUUUACUUCACAAUGUCUUAGCAGCAUUAUCGUCAGGAAAGUAUCCAGCAAGGAAUCCUCAGUUAAAUAUUGCGGAUUUGCAAGCUCAGAUUGCAGCGAACCGAAGAGGAGUUGAAGAAUUGAGAAAAGCUGUGAAAUCUUUCGGUCUUGAUGCUGUACAAGCGUACAUGGGUCACGUUCUUGAUGGAGGGGAACGCGCAGCACGUUGUGUUAUCAAGAAACUCUAUCUCGAGGAUUCUUCUGGGGAUCCGAUGAAACCAGGUCGAUCUAUCAAAGAGAAGACAUUCACGUGUUGUAUGGAUGGUGGUUCUGAAAUUUGUGUCAAAGUUGAGAUAGAAGGGGAAGAAAUUUCAAUAGAUUUCUCAGGUUCAUCUGAAACUGAUCCAAUGAAUUAUAAUGCGCCACUCAGUGUUCUACACGCAGCAGUUCUUUAUGUCUUUCGAACUCUGAUCAAGGAUUGUUCUAUCCCUUUGAACGAAGGAUGUAUGCGACCGCUCAAGAUCAAGGUGCCUUACAAUUGUAUUGUUAACCCACGGGAAGGCUCUGCAGUUGCCGCAGGCAAUGUUGAAAUAUCACAAUGUGCUGUAAACGCGCUCUAUGGUUGCUUGGGACAACUGGCAGCCAGCCAAGGAACGAUGAACAACAUCACAUUUGGAAAUUCAGCAUUUCAAUAUUACGAAACGCUUGGUGGAGGUACAGGAGCAGGAGAUGGAUUCAAUGGAUGUUCAGCGAUUCAAUCUCAUAUGACGAAUUCACGUAUAACGGACGUUGAAUUGCUCGAAUCUAGAUUUCCAGUGGUUGUGCUGGAGUUUUCUAUCCGUCCUAAUACAGGGGGACAAGGAAAAUAUCGUGGUGGAGAUGGAUUGAAAAGGACUUUACUGUUUCUAGAAGAAGUCGAAUGUUCCAUACUAUCUGGUAUGUUCUUUGACUGGUUCUCUGAACUUGUUCGUUAUUUCAGGCCAACGGGAAAUCGAGCCAUUUGGUUUGUUGGAGGAUUAAAUGGCUCUCCGGGUUUGAAUCGCCUGUUUGUCAAUUCAAUUGCGGAAAAGCAAGAACGUGAUUUGAAUGAAAUUCGAGAACGACUCCCGAUGCUUGAAUCAACCAUCCGAGUGUUGAAGAGCAGAGAAACAUUUCAAAUAAGCGCUGGAGACAUUUUGAUGAUUGACACUCCUGGAGGAGGUGGAUUUGGAAAGUUCGGUUCUUAA